AUGGCACUUCGUCAAAGUCAAACAGGUCGUUUAACGCUCAAUGGCAUUUAUGAAUUUAUUAUGAGACGCUUUCCAUUCUACAAAACAAAUCGUCGCGGUUGGCAAAACAGCAUUCGCCACAAUCUCUCAUUAAACAAAUUCUUCGUUAAAGUUGCUAGAUCCUAUGAUGAUCCAGGGAAAGGAAAUUACUGGAUGUUAGAUACCUCAUCAGAAAACGAAAUCUAUAUAGGCGCCACAACAGGCAAAUUGCGCAGACGACGUCCUCCCCUCUGUUCCACAUCAAAAGCAACCAUUCAAAGACAUCAUCAAAACCCCCAACCAUUUCUAUCAUCAAAUUUAUCAUUUAAUCGACAACAACUUCCCCAUAUAAUGCUCCCACAGCACCCCUCAACUUCCCCUUCUUUUGGCGUUUGUUUGCCGUUACAAACAUCGCAACAACAAUUUCCUUCGAUUUUUUCCUUGCCUAAUUAUCCUAAUAAUUUUACUAGUAGAUUUCCGUUUGAAAUAAAUUUUUUGGGGUUAAAUAAUCAACAAAAACAAUUUAUGGCCUGUUUGUUUCAACAGACACAGUUAGAAUUGAUACAGAAUGAGAAUGGGGCGAAGGUGCAAUAA